ACCUGCGCAGCAAAGACGCUCAUAAACGAACAUCAACGUAUUUCUGCUCCGCUACAAUUGUUGUGUUGUUGCUAGACUACUGAUGCCAGAGAAAAACAACAUCAAAGGAUUUAUCAAAGAAGACUAUUAAAUUAUAUUUCCAUUUCUGCAUCGUUUAUUCCCGAGCAACGGUGUAAUACGAGAGAUUGUAGGUGUCUGCUGUGCUCGUAACGAAAUCUAAAAUAAUCGCUUGGGGUAGGCUAUAGCUGCGAGGCUAUUGUUGCUUUCGUGUCGUUUUGAGGACAGGCAUUUGAUUAUGUUUUGAUCUCAAAGUAAGAGGUGUUUAUUUUAUUUUAUAUCUCUACCAAAUGCUUGUUUUUCCCCGCAGCUAUAGCUAAGGCAAACGUGUCAACGUAGCGAAAUGAAGCACAGGAAAAUGACAAGAACACGCAAAGAGAGGUUCUCCAACUGUCCAAUUUCUCCAAAGAGAGAUUAGUUUAUUAUUUUAUAAUCUGUAUCCAACUUCAACGAUGUCUCUCGUGGCCAGCGAUAUCCCGACGGACGAAGACCUAGAAGAUAUGGUUGAGGAUGGACUUUCUCUUGCUACCUACAUAUCAGACUCUGGAAAGAAAGCCAGGAAAAAGAAGCUGUCUGGUAAACCUCCCCCUUCUCCCAGGUCUCCGUAUCUCUCCAGUAUGGAUGUGAACCAGAGGAGAUCAGCGGUGUCAGCUUGGAGGCCCCUGAGAGGAACUCUGGGGGAGAGGGGGGAGGCCCUAGCGGGGAGAGGUGACACUCUGUUGGAGAGGGGUGAGGCAGCUCGGACCCCCAGAGAGAACUGUCUGGCUUCGCUAAGCAACGGGCACGGUCUGUCCCAGUCUCUGAGAGUUGACUUUGACACAACACACACCUCAGCCUGUCUCUCCUCUUCUCCCUGCACUCCAGAGUAUCUCCAACAGGCUCUUGGCAUUAAGAAACCCAAACACCUGCACUCCUCAUCCAAUGACUUCAGAGAGAAGGAGGACAUGUACGAUGAGAUCAUCCACCUCAAGAAGAGUCUUCAGGCCCAGAAGUCCGAAAAGGACAGGAUGAAGGCCAAACUACGGCGUCUGGAGGAGGACAAAACUAAGAAAGACAAGCAAAUAGAACAGCUGUUGGAUCCCACCAAGGGACCGGAGUACACACUGAGUCUGGUGGACAAGAAACACCAGGGGAGCCUGGUUGUUAAUGGACUGAAACAGAGAAUCCUGAAGCUGGAACAGCAGUGUAGAGAGAAGGAGAACACUGUGACCAAACUGCAGAGUGAGCUGCAGACCACUAAUCUGGAGGAGUUGAAGAUCACAGUGGAGACCUACUUUGAGGAGAUUCAGAGACUGAGGAUGAUAUUGGAUGCAACAGAGAAAAGCAGUAGAACAGAGAGUAAAGGUUCUCAGAGGAAGCAGAAGGUUCUAAGCUCUACGGUUCUGCGUCUAUCAGAGAACCUUAAACAGCUACAGCAGGAGAACCACACACUGAGAGAGGAACUCAACACAGACAGCCCAGCCAGUGGGCUGAAAGCCUACAAAGACUGGAGCAGACAGAGAGUGUUGAGGAGACUGGUGGAGCUGGAGAGGAGGUUAGAGGAGGGGAGCAGAGACCCGGCCAGGAGGAGUGGGGUGGACAGACUGGUCCAGACGGACCACCACACCACACCCACGGAGACGGGGGUUGCUACGACGCCGGGGAUAACCACCGUAACAACGGAAGGGGGCGUUGCAGUGGUAAACACCCAACAGGAAGGGGAGGGGUUUGUCCGUCUGAAGGGGUGUGUCAGACAACUGGAGCAGGAGAAGGCGGAGCUACAGGAGACGCUGACCGAUAGAGAACAGGAGCUGAGACGACUGAUGGCCGAAUCUUCUGUUUUCAGACAGGAGCUGAGACAACUGAUAGCCGAAUCUUCUGUUUUCAGACAGGAGCUGAGACGACUGAUGGCCGAAUCUUCUGUUUUCAGACAGGAGCUGAGACAACUGAUGGCUGAAAGAGAGCAGGAAGAGAAAGAGACGGAGAGGAGGAAGAAUGAACGAAGGAGUGAACAUGAGAAGGAAACACGACUCUACCUACUGGAGAUAGAACAGCUGACCGUGAAGAUACAGUCUCUGGAGGAGGAGAAGAAGAGAUGGACCGAAGAAGAACAGAACCAGGAGGAGAACCGGAAGGAGAACCCAGAAGGGAGGGAGGAGAAGGAAAGAGAGGAGAGGGAAGAACAGAACCAGGAUAACCGGAAGGAGAACCCAGAAGGGAGGGAGGAGAAGGAAAGAGAGGAGAGGGAAGAACAGAACCAGGAUAAGGAAAGGGCAGCUAGGGUGAUCCAGAGAGAGUGGCUGGAGCACAGAGACAGGGACACAGUGUUGGUCCAGUCAGCAAUAAGAGGACAUCUCCUCAGACAGAGCCAGAUAGCUCACCUCCGAGACACACACACCAGCACUCUCAGCAAGGUCUCUCUCUCUCUCUCACACACACACAUGUACGAUGAGGACAUCCACCUCAAGAAGAAUGGCCAAUCACAGCGCGGCACUGAUGUUACCUCCCGUGUGGAGGAUGGGGAGCUGGUUGCCGUGACGCUGAUCCAGUCUGUGUUCCGAGGUCACCUGACACGCAGCGCACUGAUGACGGAGAGCUCUGAGUCUCCAGCCCCUCCUCCCUGUGGACCCACACCAGCUCCUAGAAGAGUCCCGUCUUCCCCUUCAACACACACUCCCAGCAACACAGCCCUUCCAGGCAGUGAUGCAGAUGAAGAUGUAACGGAGCUGAGUGAGGAAGAUCCCUGGCCUGUCUCUAACACACUGUCCAACAGGAGGAGACUCACACCAGCCCAACUACAGCUCCACCCACCUCCAGAUUCCAAGGUUGCUAAGGCGAUGGACUCUGAGGAUUCCGACGAUGACAUCAUCGUGUCUCCGUCUCGUCUCGUGGGAAGGAGAGAAGAAAUCUACUUCUAGACCAGAGCAUUGCACUAUGGGAUAUGAAGUGUGUGUGUGUGUAGCUGGGUAUGCAGGCUUUUACUCCAGCCCUACACCAGAUUCAAUCUGGGUCCAGAGGACAUGCUGAUAAGUAGAACCAAGUGUGUUUUGGUAGUGCAGGGCUGGAACGAAGUCCUGCACAUGCAGUAGCUCUCCGGGAGGGGAGUGUUUGUUGGUGUCAGGACUGUAAUGAUAAUGAUAAUAAUGAUAAUCCUGAACAUAUCCAGGAGGGUCGCUUGGCCAGCUCUCUGCCCAAUAAAUCUCCGUUCUGAUACAGAUCGUUUUUUAUGUUGCCAAAGUGCCUGAGUGCUGUAUAUAGAUUAUUGAUGGUCAUAAACAAAGUUAUAAAUCAUGGAGUUUAUUGGAGAAUGAGCGACUUUUAAAACAUGUCUAUCAAUAUAAACACUGCUGAUUCAAAACUGUGAAAUUAUUAUCAUAUUCUACUGCAAUAUGACGGCUCAGAGGAGAGUGUGUGCGCGCGCGUGAUCGUGCCUUGAGUUGUGUUUAUUAUAAUAGCUGUAAUCCAUGAAAAUAAUGUUUUAUCUGAUUAAAUGAGUCUCUUUCCUUGUAUGGUAAAAACA